AUGACGUUCCUCUCCUGCAUCUGUCGGGUCGAAUAUCUCGAAGGAAAUACGAGAUACAAGUCACAAACCGUUUGCCCCUCGGGCAGCCCGAGCUUCGAACUGACGGCUGGCUAUGUCUACACAUCGCCAACCGAAACGAUUGAGCUGAAAGCCGGAGUUCUCCAGCUGAAACAAUGUCUCCAGAUGUGCCGUGAGAACGAAGAUUGCAAAUCCGUGAACUUCGAGACCGGACUUUGCGUUCUGUUCUCAUCGUCGGCUUCUCAACGACCUCAAUCCCUCUCCCCAUCGCAGUUCCCUGUGUUCACGAUCUACGCCGAGAAAGUCUGCAUCCGAGGAUCCGGUUGCAUCAGAGAAUGGCACUACGAGCGUGUAAAGGGACAUUAUCUCAUGGCAGAAAUCAAGAAGAUUCAGACCGCCGCAGAUCGUCAGCAGUGUAUCGAUCUGUGUUUCGAAGAAACCGAUUUCCUCUGCCGUUCCGUCAACUAUGAAGCGGCCACCGGGCAGUGCAGCCUUUCGGACAUGGACCGACACACCGUGUUGGACAAGAAACUCUUCCAAGCCGACUCAAACGGAACCAUCGAUUACCUCGAGAGCAACUGUGUCGUCGACGAUGCAAGGCUCUGCGAGUUCAAAACAAUCAAGAACAAAAUUCUGAAGACUGUCGACGCCGUUUACCAGGACGUCAAGACCGAAGAAGAAUGCAAGAAGAUCUGCCUCUCGGCCAACUUCCGCUGCCACACCUACGAUAUGGGAGAUCCCGCCAACCCUGUGUGCAGAGUUUCCCACUACGCCAGAGCUUCGCUUACCCACAUCCAAGAUCCUUACCUGAAGAUCGCCGACGCCCUUACCUACGAGUUGGCAUCUUGCUUCAACGUCACCAUCGAAUGCCUUUCCCGGGAGAUGGUCGCCAGGGUGAAAUCAACGAAAAUGUUCAACGGAAAACUCUAUUCGAAGUCGAAACCCAAUUCCUGCGUAACCGAUGUCAGCAACUCGAUGGAGUUCGAAAUCAAGAUGAAUUACCACGAACUGGAAUGCGACGUCAGACAGGAGGAUGGGCAUUUCUUCUCUGAAAUUGUCAUUCAGCAUCACGACAUGAUCGUGACAAAUCAGGAUCUCGGACUUUCGGUCAAUUGUCACUACGACCUCUCGAACCGCAGCGUGUCUAACGGAGUUUCCCUCGAAGUCGAUGGACGUGACAUCCAACACUCAGAAAGCCAACUCGCCACUGUCGGAUCGCCGAAUGUCACGAUGCAUAUUACCGACCGCAAGGGAGCCGACGUUAUUGCCGCUCAAGUCGGAGACCCGUUGGCGCUCCGAUUCCAGAUUGCUGAUAUCGAUUCCCCAUACGAGAUCUUCGUCCGGGAACUGGUAGCCAUGGACGGUGUCGACAACUCGGAAAUCCUCCUCAUCGAUUCCAACGGUUGCCCCACUGACCGAACGAUCAUGGGACCACUUUUCAAAGUUAACAACAGCGGUCAAGUUCUUCACGCUCCUUUCGACGCCUUCAAAUUCCCCACUUCGGAAAUCGUCCAGUUCAAAGCCUUGGUCACGCCUUGCAUUCCCUACUGCGAGCCUGCGAAAUGUGAAGACACCGUCAAUGUUCCGUUCGAGGGUCGUGCCGAAAGUGACUCUUACGGACGUCGUCGACGCAGGAGAUCGAUCCGCCAGCCUCGCAACAUCACCGGCCAGGAAGACGAGCUCGUCGUCGUGCAACAGAUCCAUAUCUCCGAUAAGUUCACAUUCAACCCCGACGAGGACAAGGAUGUCACGCUUGCCACGAGCUCCGCGAAUCUCGCGCCAAUUGCAGGCUGUGCCAAUCUGAUCAGUAUCGCCGUCGUAUGCGGCUCGUUCCUCAUAGCCCAAGUGACACUUCUGUUCGUGUGCGCGUUCGUUGUCAACAACCGACGGAGCAGGAAAGACGAGCUUAUUGAACGCGCUCCGUCCGUGUCCUCGACAGCUUCUCGGCUCUACAGCCGACAGCCCUUCAACAUCUCGUGGAGCUAAGCAAACCUAAUUCCAAUCUAGAGUUCUGCAAUUCUCAUGAGCACUCAGAAUCAAUGUACUUCGAGCUCCGCGCGGCCUCGUCCGCUCUCUUUCAAAGGCAGCCACAUUCACCCGGUCGGCCCGAUGUCGCGGAUCAUCUUCUCUUGACUUCGAUUUAUUCGAUUCGCGGACAUCGACCGAACCGGAUCUAGGAACUGAGUUCCCUACGUACCUCUACCCGAAUCCUCUAACCCGCGUCUUCCCGACCUUCAGUUGAGGGUGAAAUCUCAUGCGAACGAAGGUGCAGCCGCUUUACUUCUCUAUAUGAUCUCUACCUGCCAUCGCCUGCCUGUUGGCAUACUUUCUGGUGGUUCAGCCUACGACCGACUCUUAUUGCCAUAUCUGGUUCGCGGUGCC